AUGUCUUGCCCACAGUGUUUUGCGGGCCAUAUCAACCCUGGGACGCCACUGGGACGUAUUGAGAAGGUGUAUGGCCUGAGUACUUACAUUGCAGAGCCCCCCGAUGGGAAAGAGCCGAAAGGAAUCGUUGUCAUCAUUCCUGAUGCCUUCGGAUUGCCGUUCGUCAAUAAUCAGAUCUUAGCGGAUCAUUAUGCUUCGCUUGGGCAGUAUCUGGUAUAUCUUCCCGAUUUCAUGGAUGGUAAGGAGGCGUCUGUCAAAACGAUGCUCAACAUGGCCCACCUGUUUGAUAAAAAGACUUCCUGGCUCGCGACCCCCUACUAUGUUGUUGCCAUUAUGUAUGACUUCGUUCCCUUCUUGGUCAGAAAUAGAUUUGGUGUAGGUUGGCCGAGGGUGACAUCUUUCCUUCGAGCUCUCCGUGCGGACAAGGGCAUGGGUGUCCCCGUCGGGGUGGCAGGCUUCUGCUGGGGUGGACUCUAUCCCUUCAGACUUACUCACAAUCGUCCGGACGCUAGAACCGAAAGCGGGGAACCGUUGGCAGAUGCAUUCUUUUCUGCUCAUGCCAGUAGCGUUGUGGUCCCUCAGGACAUAGAAGGGGUAACCAUGAACCUGUCAUUUGCAAUGGGUGACGACGAUGCGGUGAUGAACAUUCAGCAAGUUCGCAAGGCGCAGGAAAUCCUGGCGCGUAAAGAAGAUGUUGAAUCCGAGGUCAUCAUUUAUCCAGGAGCAAAGCAUGGCUUUGCCGUUCGGGCCAGCAGAACAGAACCCGACGCACAGGAGACUAAACAAGCCGAAGAAGCAGAGAGGCAGGCCAUUGCAUGGUUUCAGCGACGAUUUGAGGCGCUCAAGCGGGGAAAUACCGCUUAG